AAUGGAGAGGUUUGAUCUUGCUGUCCAUGGGACUCUCAAGAGUCUCCUCCAGCACCAUAAUUCAAAAGCAUCAAUGUCUGGGCCGCUUAAACUCUGCUUCUGAUUGAAGGCCUCUGUAGGGCUUGAAACUCCACCCCUAAUGUGCAGGAGGCGGGGCUUAGGAGCUCAUGGGUGAAGCCUGUUGAAGCAGGAGGCGGAGUUUAGUAGCCCUAAUUCUUCACACAAGAGACAGUUGAGGGCCUCUUUUUUAUUUUUUGUCAGUGGAGGUUUAAUGCCCCUCUGCUGAGUCCCCUCUCUCUCUGUGUGUUUUUUUAAAAGAACAUUUGAUGCCCAUCUUGAUCUUCCUCAUUUUUGCACGCUCCUAGAAGGGAGGAGAAAAUUGCAUGAGAUUGCAUGAGAAUGUUAAGCAGGGCAAGCUGGAAAAAUCAGGAGGAUUAGAUUUUUAGAAUGGCGGGGAAGGCGGAGGUCUGGCCCAGCGGGAAAAUUAAAAUCGCCCGACUCUGUGCUCUUAAUUCCCCCACCCUGAGACCAGUUUAAACUCCUUUCCCCAGAGUAGGUGGCGAUUAGAGUUUAGUGGAAGCCCUGAGAUUUGGCUGCUGCUUUUUGAAACUGGGGGGUCUUUGCCAUGCCCUCCAGCCUUGGGCGUAGGCUGACCUGCUCCGGCCCGGCCGGCUGCACAGGAAAGUAUCCUGGCAGCUCCUCUGCAUGACGCCGCUGUAAGCCCUGGCUGGCUUUUUAAUCCCACCAAUCUGUCCUUGGGAGGCCAGAGAAAGAGACCUGGUUGGGGGCAGAAACGGAAGCCUUUCAUGAGCCAGGCCCGGACAGGAGCACCUCUAGAGAGUACCAUGAGCUGGCCAGGCGAGGAAUGGAAGGUGGGGCUGCCGUCCAGGGCCUUGCGGGCCAUCGCCGAGGUGGAGCAGCGGCUGGAGCGCCUGCAGAAGGAGCGGCAGCAGAAACAGGUGCAGCUGGACACCCUGGAAGCCAUGAUGCACAAACAGAGGCAGAAGCACGAAGAGGAACGGGCCUCGUGGGCCCUUCUCUCUCAGGAGAACCGGAGUCUGGCCGAGGCCUGUGAGCAAGUGGAGCGUGGCCGUCAGCGGUUGGCGCAGGAGCUGCAAGCCAAAGAAGCCCAGCUGAGCUGCCUGGAGGCUCAGCUCGCUCAGGCGACCCGACGCCAAACGGAACUGGAAGAAGAGCUGCGUAGGUGCCAAAUCGAACUGGACAAGCUGCAGUCGCAGUCCCACUUGGCCCUCCUGCCCCCCCGCUGGUGUUCCUCCGCGCCGUGGGCCGAAGGUGGCAUUGAGGCCAAAGCAGAGCUUAGCAGGACCCUUGCAGCUGGAGCAAGUCAGAUUCAGGACAGCAGCCCUGCCGUUGGAGGCCCCUGCGGGAAGGAGAGCCCCACCGCCUCCUGGCAGCAAGAAGCGGCUUGUCCCAGUGCCCCACCCGGGAGCCCCAUCCCCACAGAGAAUGGCGAAGGGGCCCAGGCGAUGGCAUCAGAACUGGCAUCCAUGGGAGAGAGGCUCGAGAAAGAAAAUCAAGAGUUGAGACUCGCUCUUGGCAAAGCAGAAACCCGGAUGCAAGAAAAGGAAAGGGAACUGUGGAAUUUGCAGGGGCAGUUGGAGCUGAUCCGAGCUGAGCUGGCUCAGUGGAAGAAGCAGCGAGGCGGACAGACGGAGAGCAGCUCCCUGGAAAACAGAGGGAGGCGGCCGUCGGUGGAUGUGGGAGACCUGCGCCAAAGCAGGCACCAGCAAAAGGGCCUGCUUGGGACAGAAAAGGUGCCCUCUAGUGGCAGCCGUCGUAGCAUAAGCUCCUCCCGCUUGGAGCAGCCGGUUGAGAAACGGGGAGCUCACACCAAAUUGAAAGGCCUUCCCUCACCGAGCUCCCGGGCCCAGAGUACGGAGCGGGGCCGGGAGGAACUACAGGCCCUCAGAACCGAGGUUUUGACGUUGCGGCGGCGCCUGGAUGCUUCGGAGAGCCAACGCAAAACCCUCCUUGAGGCUUGCUGGCAGCAAGAGAAAAGCCGGGCCUGGGCUCAGGAGAGGCAGUUGGGUUCAAUGGUGGGAGCGGCGGCCUGGCAAAAGACAAAGGGCUCCCCAGAGAUCCAUGGGGUUUGCCAGGCCCCCAGGAGCAAAGGACAGGCCUCGGUGAUGGCGGCUGGUGGGGAAGUCUCUGUGGCAGAAGAAGUUGAAGAAGAUGGAGGGGCGGUUGAACCCAAGGCUGUGGCAGAUCCGGGGAAGGAGCUGACCUCGGACGUAGAGACGUCUGAAACAGGAGAAGAUGCGCCAGCCACACGGCAGGCCCACGGGGAGACUGAGGCAGAGGGCCAAGGAGGCAGGACCCCUGACCCGGAGGGGAACGUGGAAGGUUUGCAGGAGGACCUCCUGGACUUGGCCUCUGGCAAGGCCCAAGCCGAAGCCCAAGCCAUCUUGGCCCAGGAAAAGCUCCAGGUCCUGCAGGCCACGCUGGGGAGGCAGACGGAGCGGUUGGCACGAGCCAUGGAGACCCAGAGCCGCCAUGUGGAGGAGCUGCUGGCGGACGCCGAGGAGAAGGAGCAGUUGAUGAGGAGCCUCCGCCAGGAGCUGGAGGAGACCAAGAAAGCCUUGGAAAUGGCCGACGCCGAGGGCCAGAGGCUGCGGGCUCUGCUGGGGCAGAGGGAGGCGGAGGGGCACCAUGCAGAAAGCCCCUCAAACACCUUGGAGGUGCGCGGAGGCAGCGAGACCUCAGAGGUCCCUCUGGUGUCGGCCCAGCUGCAGGGAGACAUGUUGAGCAUUGCGGAUGUUGGUCUAGCGGGACGUCUGCCCGAAGAGAAGCCGGUGCAGCCGGGAGUCCAGGAACAACUGGAGGCCUCUCUUGCCCAGCUUCAGCAGGAAAACCUGGUCCUGCGCAAGGAGCUGGCUACCUGGGAGGCCUGGCACCAGAAAAGAGGAGAGGAGGACACCACUGGCCCCUUGGGACUGGCUGGCUCAGGAAACGGCAGAGAAGCAGCCGAGACUGCAGAUGUUCCUGAAGCUUCCCAGAAGAGAGAGCCCUUGUCUCAGGGGAGCCGACGAAAUGUCCAGACCCAAACUGAGGGACCAGAGUGUGGCCAUCGGCGCAGGGAACGUGUCUCUGUGGCCUUUGAUGACACUCAGUAUGAACCCUACGGGCUCCCUGAGGUGGUCAUGAAAGGUUUUGCUGACAUCCCAUCUGGUCCCUCUUGCCCAUAUGUUCUCCGCCGGGGCAUUUUGGGAAGUGCCCCUGUUGCCCAGCUGGCCCCGCGAGCAGAACCAGAAGAGGAUUCCCCUGAGGCAGAGGAAGGGACAGGCGUCUGAGAACAGCCUAGCAGCACAGGUUAUCAUUCUCUCCGUAUUGUACCUGGCCUUUUCCACCUGCGCCAAUAUUUCUGCACCAGCCACCAAAAGAUGUGUGUCUCUGUGGGAAACCCCUGCUGUGGGCUUCCUUGGUUCCUGAUCUGAAAGGAGAUGGGCUGAUGAUCUCUGCCACUGUGCACUAGAGUCUCCUUUUCGCUUCCCUGGCUGCCACGCUCCGUCAGUUUCUGAAAAGAUGAUGUUCCUUACAGGCAUUCUAAGCCGAAGGGGGGGAAGUAUUUUCAGUCUUUUCAUCCUCCCCCGCCCCACCCUCCCUCUCCUGCAUCCUUCUGAUACCCAGAGGACUUUUUGGAAAUGAGGAAGAGUAUUUGGGGAGCAUCCACUGGAAGAGACUAGCAGAAAAGGCGCAAUCAUCCCUCCUGGAUUUAUACCACCCCUCGCCCAUCAUUGGAGGAGACCAUCUUUCCACAGUGGCCAUUCCUAUUUGACAGCCAAUCACAGACUCCAUAGCUCCGAGUGAGUAACCAGUAGCAAAGAGGAUGGAACACAUGGCUGCAGUUGGUUUCCUGCCCUCCACAUUUAUUUAUUUUUUUCACCUGGGAGAGCAGGGGCUGUUGCUGCUUUCCAAUCAGCAAUAAACAGGACAGUCCAGAGACCCCCCCCCACCUUGCCAGGAGAAUCGUGCUGUUUAAAAGUGGGGUUUUUAUUUUGUUAUUGGAGCAAUGCGAAUGAUGGAAGAUGUGGCAAAAUCAACACGGAGCAGCACAGCUGUCUGCAACCAGUUUGUCAGAUAACCGCAUGUGAUGGGCUGUGUGGAUGCUGGCACGCCAGGAGCGUUUGCCACUUGAGACGGCCAAGAUGGUGUUUGCCCCCAAAGCCAAGUGCAAAAAAAGGGUAAGGAAUCUGAAGCUACUCAAUAGGCAAAAAACAAAGCCACCCCAAGCAGAAUCACCAUUUGUUGCUGUUUAGUCGUUUAGUCGGGUCCGACUCUUUGUGACCCCAUGGAC